CAUGUGUUGGAAAAUGCUAUCAGCAGAAAUGGUGAUUGUGGCGGGCAAUGCAAUGUUGGAUGGUAUUAUGCAGAAGGUUUUGGUACAAUUAAAGAUGAUAAAAAUGCAGCAUCGGAACUACAAAAAAUGAAGAGGAAGCAUUUAGAUGGUGCUAUUGUGAUUGACCAUUUGAAGACUUUAUUGUUGGUGAAAAUGAUAUUUGAGCCUGUUGAAAAUAUUAUGAGUUUUACCGAUAUUAAAGAUUUCAUAUAUUAUGCAUUUUUGAAACAUAAAAACUUAGAUGAUAACUUAGAAGGACAAGCUUCUUUUCAACUUCAAUUCAAUAUUGAUCUAGAUUCUAUUUAUAAGAAUACUUCAACUAAAGAUAUCAUCAAAGAAAAAAAUUCAUAUAUCGUUGAUUUAGUUAUUAAUGAAAUUAGUUGUGGAGAUGGAUAUAUCUAUAUAUUUAAUAAGAAAUAUAAUAGUAAAAAUUCUGACUUUACAACAUUAACAUAUUGGUGCAAUGCUCGAAAAGAAUUGAGUAAACCACAAAGAAAGGUUGAGGAUAUUUCAAAGCAACAUAAUAGUGAGCCGUAUAUUGAACAUUAUGAAUAUAAAG